UGCAGAGAAGGAGAAUCAAGAGAAAGCUCCUCAGUCAGACACACCUCCUGUGCAAAAUGAGUCAACGGAUGCAGAGAAGGAGAAUCAAGAGAAAGCUCCUCAGUCAGACACACCUCCUGUGCAAAAUGAUGAUUUUCACUGGGAAAAUUACUUGAAAGAGACUGGAUCUUUAAGUGCUCCUUCAGAGUGUUUCAGACAGUCCAAGAUUCCACCAGCUAAUGACUUCAAAGUUGGUAUGAAAUUGGAAGCCCGUGACCCUCGCAAUAUGACUUCAAUAUGUAUCGCCACGGUCGUUGGAGUUACUGGUGCCAGGCUACGUUUAAGACUGGACGGUAGUGACAACAGAAAUGAUUUUUGGCGGCUUGUUGAUUCUCCGGACAUACAGCCUGUUGGGACAUGUGAAAAGGAGGGGGACUUACUUCAGCCUCCACUGGGGUACCAGAUGAACACAACAUCUUGGCCAAUGUUCCUCUUGCGAAUACUGAGUGUAUCUGAAAUGGCACCUGCAACAUUCUUUAAGAAGGAACCACCAAAGCCACCUGUAAAUACUUUUAAAGUGGGAAUGAAACUUGAAGCUAUAGACAAAAAGAACCCUUAUCUGAUCUGCCCUGCAACUAUUGGAAAUGUUAAAGGAGAUGAAGUUUAUAUAACAUUCGAUGGCUGGAGUGGAACUUUUGAUUAUUGGUGCAAGUAUUAUUGUCGAGAUAUUUUCCCAGUUGGGUGGUGUCGCCUGACAGGAGAUGUAUUACAACCACCAGGAACUCAUGUUCCUAUUACAAAGAAUAUAGCAAAACCACAUUCUUCCAAAGCAACCCAGUGUUCAAUGAAGUCUCCACAGAAAACUGCUGUAAUAUUACCAACACAGCAGAUCAGGAAAUCAAGUCGGAUUAAACCACCUGCACCUACUUCAGUCCCCAAGAAGGGGAGUACUGUUAAAAAUAUCACACCAAAGAAAAAAGGCCCAAACUCAGGAAGAAAGGAAAAAUGUAUUCCUGUUGUAUGUUCCACAUCUUCAGCUCCUCUCAGUACGCUGACCAGAGGACGUCGUGGUGCUUCAUAUGAUAAGGAUGCUGUUGCUGGGUCAUCUAAAAUAGUGAUGUCUACAGUCUGUGUCUAUGUAAACAAACAUGGAAACUGUGGCCCUCACCUGGAUCAGACGAAAAUCCAGCAGCUGCCCGACCACUUUGGCCCAGGCCCUGUCAAUGUGGUGCUCCGGCGGACGGUGCAGGCCUGCGUGGAUUGUGCCAUUCAAAGUAAGACUGUUUUUGGAUUCCUUAAGCCAGAUCAUCGUGGAGGAGAAGUGAUAACCGCCUCCUUUGAUGGGGAAACUCAUUCCAUCCAGCUCCCUCCAGUGAACAGUGCAUCAUUUGCUCUUCGCUUUCUUGAGACCUUGUGCCACAGCCUGCAGUGUGAUAACCUUUUGAGUAGCCAGCCUUUUAGCUCUUACAGAGUAAAAGAAGAUACAACAGAAAAGAAAAGCACCAAACGACCUUCUCAGCAACCUCUGCCUUAUGUUGCUCCUCUCUCUCCUAAGCUCCCCAAAACAAAGGUGCAUGCCUCUGAAGAAGAAGUAUUAUCUGCUGAGGGAAAUGGCAUGCCCAAAGGGGAAAUGCUUUCUGAAGAGUCCAAGAACUCACCACUAAAUCCAGCAAGUUCUUUGAACCCUGCCAGCAGAAGUCCUGUAAGCACUCAUACUCCAGUCUCCAGGAGUGUUUUUCAAAGUGUGCCAUGCACCUCGAGUUCAACACUGGUGGGGACCAAAUCAUCUUCCAAGAGCGGUCACCAUGAAGUUACAUUCCAGAAGCAGAGGAAAAGUGAAGGAGAUUGAUGGGAAGGCUCUGCUACUACUCAAAAGUGAUGUGAUGAUGAAGUAUAUGGGGCUGAAGUUGGGGCCAGCCUUAAAGUUAUGUUACUAUAUUGAAAAACUUAAAGAAGGAAAAUAUAAUUGAAAAAAAAUGUAUAAGUUUAGAUUAGACAUAAUUUUCAAUAUUCUUGAUAACUUUUUAAUUUAAAAGUAUUUUUAUUCUCGUAGCAGUUUUUGUUUUGUAGACGGUUCCUCUAAAACUACGUUAUAUCCAGAAUUGCAGAACUACAUUGCAAGUCCAGUCUACUUCUUUAAAACACAUUAACAUGUUAGUAUUAGCAUAUUCAACUUGGCAGUCCUUUAUGUCUUAUUAUUAUUUUACACUUUACAGUUUAUUAUUUAAUUGUACAGUUUACAAAUAUACUUAAUGCAGGAAACAGAGGAACACCGUUGAUUUUGAUUAAUGUUUAUAUAUAAAACCAAAACAGCUACAUCCCAAAGGGGAAAGUAUCAGGGACUGACAGGCUCUCUAAUAAAAUCCAUGAGAAGUUUUCCUUAGAAAAGAAUUUAAAGAUGCAACUGUAGAUAUCAUCUCUUUUUCAAAUAUUUUAUGUCUGUUACUGCAAUGUUCUGUUCGUGUUCUACCAAUUUCCGGAAAGGGAAUAGCCAUAUAAAUUAUUUUCCUUUCGUUAUUAUUUCUCUGUAUGUUGUGUUUGUUCAUAUUUAAAGAAAAAAAACAAGCUUAUAAACUUUCAUAAAGUGUUCUUACCAGUUUUUGAUAAAUUUCGAACAAUUGUUAAGAUAGAAUGGUUGUUUUAUGCAGGAGAUAUUAUACUACUACAAGGGUGGUUUGGAUGGAGUCUGAUUAAAAUUUUUCAGUGAAAUACCUAUUAUUUCAAAACUUUACAUAUUUUCUCUAAGCUUAGACAUUUAACUAGGCAUUCAUUUCUCAUAUCUCUAUAUGAGGACACCUGUGCCCAAAUUUUUAAAAUAUAUAUAUUUUAUUGUCUGUGUUUAUUCUUCAUAUGGAUACUAUACCAUAUUUAUAUAUUAUUCUAUACCUGUAGGUAUUCAAACAAGUAAAUCUGUUCUUUUUGAAUUUAAUAUGGCACUUUGCACUGCCACAGAGGUAAUGGUGAACUAUUUAUAUAGUUGGAUGUUUUUAUUCUGAAAAAUAUAUGUGCAUCAUUUGCUAUCACUAGUACCUCUCAGCUUAGUCUUCAGGGGAUAAGAAACAAUCCAUAGAUUGGUUUCCAUACAGGGAAGUUCUCUGUCCUAUGCAAUGUUGCUAGUUAAUUUGCUUAGUUCUGAGCCAUUUAUUCUGCUAAAUUUUGGAAGAUGCAUUAAUUCAGACUUAUCAUUUUGGGCUUUAUUUUUAAAGUUAGAACUUUCAAGGGGAAAUGGUGCUAUAUGUUUAUUGUUAUUACUUUGUAUAAGUUUGGUGUAAUGUUAAUAAGCUAUGAGAAUCUGUGCUAAAAGUAUUAGCCAUUUGUUAUAAAUGCCAAUAAAAUGUACACCAGGGGCAAGAAUGUACAUUUUCUUUUUUAGAAAACCAAAUGUACUUUAUAUGAGAAUGCUACUAUUUAAAGGGUGGUUUCAUCUAUGUUAUUCAUUUUGUGUUAUAAGACAAAAUUCUAAUUUAAACUUGGUCUUCUCUCAAAUUGUUUGUGUGAAGAUGCUGUGCCCAGUUAAACAGU